AUGCCAACAAGGAAGCUAGGGAGGAAGUUAUACAUGGAAGAGGAAGACUACCUGACCUAUCGGAAUACAAGUAAAUCUGUGUGGGUGAACAGGAAUGUGCAAGUGUAUAAUAGAGGGAGUGCGAAGACUUCUCGGGGUCGAGUGCAAGAGGCUCCUUCAGGGCCUACUGACCACUCUCAGGCUCAAGGAUUGUCUCACUCUCUGUCUGGUGAGCUGACAGCUCAAGCUACCAAGGAGACACAGCCUCGGCUGCAUGAACCACAUAUCAAGCUGGCUAGGAAUCGUGCUAGUCCUAAGCGGUUUGUCUUCAAGACGUCUCCUCGGGUUAAGAUUGGUGGUGGUGUGAGGCAGCUCCAGAAAAAGCGGUCACCUAAAAAGACUGCCUCCCUUCCUCGACAGGGCACCAAGGGUCGCCAACAGCCAGAUAGGCGUGCCAGACAGGCUCCCCAACGCCGGCAGAAGGAGGAUGAUAUGGUGGAGGUUCUUGAGCAGUCCCGGAGGCGUAGGCUGAUCUUGCAUGAGGAAUCGGAAGAGGAGGAGCUGGCGGGUACGAAGGAUACUGGUCUUACUCCGCUGAAGGAUCCACGCCUAUCUUCCAAGACUGGGACCCAACCAGGGGUCGCGCUACCACGGGUUCGCCCAUGUCUAAGGAAAGCUGGUGCUAACGGCCUGCUGACUAUGGCCAAGCAGGAUGUGGGCUCUGACUCAUCUAGUGCUAUGCAUGAGCUGGAGGAGGAAGAGGUUGUUGUUCCUCUGGAUGAUCUUGUUUAUGAGAAUCACCAGAAGGAUUCUGACUCUGAUGGGGACCACUCACCUGGAGAUCAUAAUCCAUUUGAGAUCAAAUGA